CACUUAAAUUGGAGCUGAUUUUCCUUUCCUUUUCCCACCCCUCUUCGGCUCAUAUUCAUUUCUCCAACUCAGGGUCCCGGAUUUCUCGCCGGCGGAGAUUUUCUCGCUAAUCUCCGCUUCCCCCGUUCCUUGCGACUCAAACCCAUCUUAUAUAUCUAGCUCUUUCAUCAGAUAAGCUCGCAAGAACAAAACAAAGAAAAUGGCGUUCGAGAAGAUCAAGGUUGCCAACCCCAUCGUCGAGAUGGACGGAGAUGAAAUGACCAGAGUCAUUUGGAAAGCAAUCAAGGAUAAGCUCAUUCUCCCUUUCCUGGAGUUGGAUAUUAAGUAUUUUGACCUUGGACUUCCUCACCGUGAUGCCACUGAUGAUAAAGUUACAGUUGAAAGUGCAGAAGCUACUCUGAAGUACAAUGUGGCAAUCAAGUGCGCAACCAUCACACCUGAUGAAGCUCGUGUGAAGGAGUUUGGUUUGAAGGCUAUGUGGAAGAGCCCAAAUGGCACAAUCAGGAAUAUUUUGAAUGGCACGGUCUUUAGAGAGCCAAUUCUCUGCAAAAAUAUUCCCCGGCUUGUUCCAGGAUGGAACAAGCCAAUAUGCAUUGGAAGGCAUGCAUUUGGAGAUCAAUACAGAGCAACCGAUACUGUGAUCAAAGGAGCUGGAAAGCUUAAAUUGGUGUUUGUACCAGAAGGAGCCGAUGAAAAGACUGAGCUAGAAGUAUUCAACUUUACUGGUGCAGGUGGAGUAGCUCUAUCCAUGUACAACACAGAUGAGUCUAUCCAUGCUUUUGCUGAUGCCUCAAUGAACAUUGCACACCAGAAAAAAUGGCCACUUUAUCUUAGCACAAAAAAUACCAUUCUCAAAAAAUAUGAUGGAAGGUUCAAAGACAUAUUCCAAGAAGUAUAUGAAGCCAACUGGAAAUCAAAGUUCGAGGCUGCUGGAAUAUGGUAUGAACACCGUCUUAUUGAUGAUAUGGUUGCAUAUGCUCUAAAGAGUGAAGGAGGUUAUGUGUGGGCUUGCAAGAAUUAUGACGGGGAUGUUCAGAGUGAUUUCCUAGCACAAGGGUUUGGAUCUCUUGGGUUGAUGACAUCUGUCCUGGUAUGUCCUGAUGGAAAGACCAUAGAAGCUGAAGCAGCCCAUGGAACUGUUACACGGCAUUACAGGGUUCACCAGAAAGGAGGUGAAACAAGCACAAACAGCAUUGCCUCGAUCUUUGCUUGGACACGAGGACUCGCACACAGGGCAAAGUUGGAUGACAACCCUAAACUGUUGGACUUCACUGAGAAACUGGAGGCAGCAUGCAUUGGUACUGUUGAGUCAGGAAAAAUGACCAAGGAUCUUGCACUUAUCAUCCAUGGACCUAAGUUAAGCAGAGAACGGUAUUUGAAUACUGAAGAGUUUAUUGAUGCUGUGGCUGAUGAUCUGAGAGCAAGACUCUCCUGCAAAGCGUAAGUGUCUCUGUAGGCAGGUUGAUGGAUCUGCUUCUCUCUGUUCUGGAUUUUGCUAAGAACAAAUAAAAAAAGGGAAUGAGAGGAGGCUGUUGGGAUGGUGGUCGCCUGAAUUUGCUCACUCAGUGAGAUGUAUUCUGGUUGUCAGUUUAACAUUAUUUCCCUAAGCUAAAUGCUUUGGACAUUUCAAAUGUUUCUUGGAGCUCGAUUUCUCAUUACGCAUCUAUAAUAACCUUAAUUUAUGCCAUGUCUUUCUUUUA